AACCUCGCGAACUGAGACAACUGCCCAGUGCUAACCAUGCCUCACUCAGACCACUCUCCAUCUCCGCAACGCGAGUCAUUUCCCCAUCUCCCAAAAUUUCCAGAUAACGUACCCACUGCGCCUCUUCUACGCAUAUCCCUCCAGAAACUUCUUGAGCACGAUGAAGAAGAACAAAACAGGUGCUGGCAAGCAUGUUGCGAAUUAGGUUUCUUUUACCUCGACGUACGCACACGCAACAGUGACACGAAUAAUGGAACUACUAUCGAUGGCGAUGCGUUACUCGGAGACGUGGACAAAUUGUUCGAUGUGAUGCAAGACUUUUAUGAUCUCGAUGUCACAGAGAAGAUCAAGUACGAUUUUAAAGACCAGGGCAGUUACUUUGGUUACAAAGGAUACGGCGAAGGCAUAGUUGACAAGCAAGGGACGAAAGAUAGGAAUGAAUUCUACAACAUCUCCAAGGACGAUGUCAUUGGUCUCACUGACCCCCUCCCCUCCCCAGCGGUCCUAAAUCCACAUCGUGGUCUGUACAAAUCGUACAUCGCCUCCUCACACGCGAUCUGUAUGCUUGUCACUUCUCUGCUAUCUUCCCGGCUCCCUUUAAAAGAGGAUAUCCGUGGAGCGGGUGGUCUGCCUGCCAUCCAUCGCUUGAAUGCCGCAUCAGGGGACCAGAUCCGUUUUGUCAAAGCGCCGCCGCAGGAGCAAUCGCUCAAAGGCGUGGCGUUGGGUGAACAUACGGAUUUUGGUAGCGUCACAGUGCUGUUCAAUCGUUUGGGUGGCCUGCAGGUCAGGCUGCCUGAACACAUAUCGCCACUUGAGCCGAUGUCCGCGUCUCCCCCACCUACCGACGUGGAGAAGAAGCUGUGUGAAGAUGGCUGGACGUAUGUUCGUCCUUUACCUGGACACUGCAUCGUCAAUCUUGGAGAUGCGCUUGUCAAGUUCUCUGAUGGUGCGCUGAGAAGUAACAUCCAUCGCGUUGUUGCUCCGCCAGGUGAACAGGGCAGUGUUACGAGGUACAGUCUUGUGUACUUUUGCCGGCCCGAGGAUGACGUUUUAUUGAAGAGUUUAAUAGAGGGCGGGUCAAAGGAUGCAGAAGAGCAAGUUACAGCAAAAGAUUGGAUUCUUCGAAGGGCGUUAGGACGGAGGAAGGCAGAUGGAUGGGAGAAGAGUAGUGGCACAGAGAGUGUGAGUAUGAGGAGUGGUGGGAUGAGGUCGUGAUACAAGGAGUGUUAGGUGUAUACCCUUAAUGACUAUUGGGCGCAUACCAAUGACCAGCCCUUCAUCCCCAGCUGUUGCAACUCGCGAGAUAGUGGCCAAAAGGCAUCGGAAGUUGGAUGUUACAGUUGAACACGAUCAAUGUGAACUCAUGAUUGUGGCAUGUAUGGAGAAGAAGUGG